AUUUUUUUAAGGCAAACCAACAGGCCCUAACUAAAUAAUGUUGGAUUCUCGGAUCUACAGGGGCUCGGGAGCCUCAUCAUCAUCCUCUUCCAUUGAAACCCUAGCCACCUCUGCCAUGGCAUCGGGGACCGUCCCCUCUUCGCAUCCCGAUUGGGCGAAUCUGUUGGGCGAGGUACUCACCCUCAUCGCCAAACGCCUCUCCGCCGUUGACUACUGCAGUUUCUCCGCCGUCUGCACUUCGUGGGCCUCGAUCGCGUCGCCGGAGAACGGCAUGCCCCGUCCUCUCUCCUUAAGAAAGAACGAACCUUAUUUAAUAUUCUCCGGAGACGGCGUCGGAAAUUGCCAGCAGAGCGAUUUCUGCACUCUGUUUGAUUACCUGGACAAUUCUUUCACAAAGAUCCAUCAUUUACCAGAGAUUCGGGGCAAGUGGAUUAUCGGAAGUCAAUUCGGAUGGCUCGCCGUCAUAGACGAGUUGGCAAACCCUAGCCUCCUCAAUCCCUUCACGAGAUCUCAAAUCGAGCUCCCUCCGAUAACGGCUCAUCCUGAGGUGGAGCCUGUUUAUGACUCUGAGGGAUCUUUAGCGGGGUACAGCUGCUAUGAUGGUAGGGAAUACUACACAUUGGAAGAAUCCCAAUCGGCCCUUGUAUUUCGAAAGCUUGUGUUGUCCUCGAACCCUGCCGAUGGUGAUUUUGUGGCUGUGGCCGUCGACACGGGUGGCACCCUCAUGUAUACUCGACCCGGUUACAGAGAGUGGAAUAUUUGGAGAUUUCCUAACGGGCAUGGUGUAGCCGAUGUCAUAUACCGUGAUGGCAAAUUCCUGGCACUCACCCACUUUGGCGAUGUUUAUGCUAUGGACAUUUGCUCUCCGUUGUCUUCUCCGAAGGCUUCGUUAUUUGCCAAGAGAUAUCGCGGUUAUAUCUUUUGCGAUACCAGCUACCUGGUGGACUCAUCAGGGGUUCUUUUGCAGGUCGUCAGGCAAGAAGAGUUCCUCAAGGAGGAAUCUAGAAACCGAACAUGCAAAAUUGAGAUUUGUAGUUUGGACCCUGAAACAGGGACAUGGAGUCUAGUAACGAGUUUGGGCGAUCACUCUCUCUUCGUAGGUUGUUGGUACUCUGCGUCCCUUUCGGCAAAGGAGAUUUCCUGGCUACAAGAGAACCGUGUCUAUUUUACCGAUGACAAUUGGGACAAGAUCCCAGUGAGGCAGGAAAGGGUUCGUGAUAUCGGAGUGUUCAACUUGAGCGAUGGCAGUUUCGGGACUUGCUAUCCUCCGGACAUGAGAUUGACAUGGCCUCCGCCUGCCUGGAUCACAUCUCAAAUCUGAAUUAUAAAGCACAAUCAAUGCUGCGAUUCAUGAAGCCAAGGGGAUCCCACUGCUCUGGAGCUUUGAAGAUUGGUUGUCCCUCAACCAUUUGGGCACUGACAUCUUUAUCGUGUAAAAACAGCCACUCCUGUUUCUUAGAAGUGUAAUAUUAUGUGGCAUAUUGUGUGUUUAUUUAUCAGUCCUUUUUUGUUAAUCUAUUGGAUGACUGUAAAAGUAUUUGUAGAAGUUUUUUCUCCAAUAAUUACCAUUAUUUAUACUGUUGAUCCAUUAUUUUUUGGAUCUUUAUGGCGUGUAAGGUAAUUUUGUGAUAUUUACUGAGUCUUUGACAUAA